ACUUCCUCUUUGAGAAUUACAUUUCACUUCCUUCACGGUACAACUGCCGCUGGUGAAUUGUCGUAAGGCACUUGGAGGGAUCUUUAGUCCGUGAUCCGAAGGAGAGAAGGAGACUUCUCGCAGGAGAAAUAUUAUGUUUGAUUGUUGAGGACGCGAAGGGAUCAGAAUGCAGAGCAUUAAGUGUGUGGUGGUGGGAGACGGUGCUGUAGGGAAGACCUGCCUGCUCAUCUCAUACACUACAAACGCAUUCCCCAGGGAGUACAUCCCCACAGUCUUUGACAACUACAGUUCCCAGGUGACUCUGGAUGGCCGGACUAUCAGCCUGAACCUGUGGGACACGGCAGGGCAGGAGGAGUACGAUCGCCUGCGCACGCUGUCCUACCCACAGACCAAUGUCUUUGUUAUCUGCUUCUCCAUCGCCAGUCCACCCUCCUACGAGAAUGUCAAGCACAAAUGGCACCCCGAAGUGACCCAUCACUGCCCCAGCGUCCCCAUUCUGCUGGUGGGCACCAAGAGCGAUUUACGAUCGGAUACCGAUGUGCUGCAAAAGCUGAAGGAGCAGAACCAGACCACCAUCACCCACCAGCAGGGCCAGGCCCUGGCACGGCAAAUCCGUGCCAUUAAGUAUCUUGAGUGCUCUGCCCUCCAUCAGGAUGGCAUCAGGGAGGUCUUUGCUGAGGCAGUGAGGGCUUACCUUAACCCUCAGCCCACCACAACCAAAAAGCCGUGUGUGCUCCUGUAAAACCUCACCAUCAGGUAGCAGGGUGGUUCGGGGUGUGGGCUUGUAAUGUAAAGCUUACAGUUUUGAGUCCCAGACAGACCCCUGCUUUUGUACCUUCAUGAAUGGACUUGAUUUGAUCCAGUGAAAAUAUAAAACUGUAUGAAUGGUUAUUUUUUAUUGCUUUGCAUAAAAUGCCAACUAAGCAACAUGAUAAUAAAUAUUUCUGCUAUUGUGGGACAAUAAAAAAAAUUAAAUUUAAAUUAAUUACAUGAAAAUGGGGAGAUUUAUUUUUGUAGUCAUGCCUUUUGGUGGACUAUUACACACUUAUAUUAUCAUUCUUACACUCUUUGUUACUGCACUAGUCCAGAGCUAAAUUGGUAGUAAAUAGAAGAGGCGCUAUCAUGAAAUGGCUCUGACAGGCAAAGUAAUGAAUGUAGACACUGAAUAAAAAUGGAAUUUGUUGCAGUCUUCUUAGAUCCACAAACUGUACUGUUCUGUGUUCCAGCUACGUUUGUGCUGCAUUUAGGGUAGUGUCGACACUGAAACUUGUUCCUCCAUCUGUUGUUGAGUUGUUGACCACUUCCGCCAGUCCAGUGCUGUGUUGUAAUAUAUGUUGAUUUAACAAAUGCACCUGCACAUUCUCAAUAGAAUUUUUUCAGUCAAAAUCGAUUGCUUUUGUUUGGUUGUUAUCAGGAACACAGAUUUCCUGCUGCUUCACUGUUAAUCUGAAUAAGCCUUGACUUGGAUUGCGUUUCAUAAAUGUGGUAUUCAUUCAUUUGCUGCUUCUUCAUUAGAUGAGCUUGCAGUGCUUGAAGGGUGGGAGUGGAAGUAGUGUAAUGACAGAAGAGAGAUGCCAGAAGAAGCAGCUGUUGUUAGCAUUGCACCUUGUCAAUGAGGGCAUUGAUUUUGAUGAGCAGUGAGAUAUGCCAUCUAUAGAUAAUUCUUGAGAAUGAUUAGCCAAGGACAAUGUAAUGGCUGUGUUCAGCAUCAGAGAAUGACCGAGGAUUCUGUGUCAUAGUCUGUGGAUCACAUGGUCUACAUGCUGGAUUCCUAAGAUCCUACAAUCCUGCUAAUGUUUACAUGUUUUAAGUCAGGCUGAUAUCCCAGGCUCUGGUUCUGAUUAUUUGGGACUGUGAUGUAAUGUUAUUUGCUGUUCCUUCAUUUGUUCCAAGAAAUGUUUUUUUUCCCCUUUCACAUUAUGUGCAAUUGGUUCAAUGUUUUGUUUGUUUAAUAUAAAGUGGUAAUCACUGUUUAAUGUAUUUCCAUCUCCAUCAUGCUCUUUAUGUUAUUGGUCAGUGUUUAAUGGUAGGAUAUUGUGGAUUGAUAGGUACUGGACACACAUGGGGGGAGGUGACCUUUGGGGUUUAUGGCCCGCAUUUUCCAGCAACCUAGACUCAACUCUUAUCAAAUUCAAUUGAUGCACUGGUGAAUUUUCCCAGUAAAGGCCUCCCCGUUGGUUGACUUGAUUUGUCAGGAUUUCAAAACCUUGCCUCAGCUCCAAACACUGUUGGAAAGCUGUAACACAGAGGAAUACUGUAGCAGCCAUGUUUAUUUCUCACAGAUUUCCUUUCUCCCAGUGCCAGUGAGCAAGCAACCUUCUUCCUAAGAGAAACCUAUUUGCUCUGGGUUUGACUAUUUUAGAUGUAUUUGCUUACCAUAUUUUCAAAUGUGGUCAUACCUUUAGUGGGAGGACCCAGAGAAUAGCACCAGUGCAGAGGAUGGAACAAGAGUGACUGAAAUAUUAAAGAAUCCUCAGCCAAAAACCUUGUUGGUGCUCACCGCAACAUCUGAAAAUAAGGGAAGGAAUUUGACCCACUCAGAAAAAGGUGAAGGUCUCUAUGGUGUUUUUUUUCCCAGAAAUGUCGGGUCCUAUCUUUACAACACAUUAUGAUGGAAAAAAUGUGGGAGAGAAUACAAUCCUGAGAAAUAUUUGUAAUGUCUUAUCUUUAAUUGACAAGUAUUUGGACUGAACUGAUACUUCUAUGAGAUAUGUUAGGAAAAAUCCAAAAUAUUAUUGACUGGCAAUAUAAUAUUUGGCAAUACAGUAAAAUAUAGUUAUUUUUAAACUGCUGAUAACAGAAGUUAUCAUAAUGUAUUCCUCUUAAACCUUUUAUUGAACGGAUACCUAGUUCCUAUCAAUAAAUAAUUUUAUCAACCUA